UAAACGUAUGAUUGAAGAAGAAAAAGAUCCCAAGGCUUGUAGUCCGUUUGAUUGGAUAGAACUUCGAAAAUGGCGUACUUUGUGUGAUUACUAUGAAACUGAAAAUUUCAAGGUAUUAUUACAAUUGGUUUGAUAUAUAAAUAUCAUUUUGUAAAUUGUGUUAAAACUUUUAGUAAGAUUUUAACUUUUACUUUUUCAUAUGGAAAUGCAGAAAAGGUCUAAAGCUAAUGAAAGUAAUAGGAAACUUCUACCGUAUACUCAUACUUCAGGUUCAAAAUCAUUUCAUACACGGCUAUUGCAAAUGGUAAUAUAUUGAUUGAUUUUGAUUGAUAUUUGUUUAGUUUGGUAAUGUUGGUUCUUAUAUUUUAUUUUUCUAAUUUGAAAGGAAAAUCAAAGCUACGUGGAUAAUUUUGCCAUGACUCAUAAGAGAAAUGGUACUUUUGUGAAUGAGAAGGCUGCAAAUGUACAUGUAUGUUGGACUGUGCACAAAUGUCAUUUUAAUUGAUACAUAUUUAUAUAUCUAAACAUGAAUUAUGGACUUGACUUUGUUAAACGCUCACAGGUUGAAAUGGAAAAUAUGAGGAAUGGACUAAAUCAAAAUGAAAGUAUCACUUCUGAGCGGGAAAUUGUAAAUAAGGUACUUGGUAAACGAUCUGGAUAUGAGAAAGGCUUGGGGUAUGGAGUUGUGCCGUCUAAAUGUUCGAAGAGGUCAACAUGUGAAUCUUCACAAUUGGAGACAGUUCAAGAAAAGUUGAGUGUUAGUGAAGAUGAAUUGAAAGAUGCUACUUGUCGUAUUAAAUCCCAACAAGAAUUGAUUCAAACGCAAGAAGCACUAAUUCAAAACUAUGAUGACCGUUGCAAAAAGCAAGAUGAUGAAAUACAAGGCCUAAGGGAAGGGCAAGACGAGUUGAAGCAAAUGCUAUUGCGUUUAUUGCAACAAAAUAGUUCAAGCAAUCAAGACAAACUUUGAGAUGAUAUGACUUAAGGAAUUUUUUUCCAGAAAUGUGUGCUUAAAAUUUGGCUUUGGAAAUAGGUAUCUUCUUCCAAUUUUUUUUCAUACAACCUUAUAGUUUUGUUUUUCUAAUGUUUUUUUACUGGUUUUAUGCUUAAAUGUCUAAUAAAAUUUAAAUAAUGCUUAUAUUUGCAGGUUUUUGGUGUUAAUACAACAAAGAAUGGUCCAGUGUAAAGUUUUGAAAGUUAGCUUGUAUUUUGAUCAAUCAUGCAUCACUAAGGAUACUAUUUAGAACAUUUUGCUACUUCUUAAUUGUUUUUGAGUCCUGAUGUAUCUUUGAAGCAUGUAUCUACAAUGAAAUGUUUGGUGUUUAUAAUCGAUAUAAAUUUUUUAAUGUUAUAU